UUCAGAUAUCAGCGCUACUGCGCGCAACGAGACGCACUGAAAGAUCACUCUGAGGAGGAAUACACACACUCACUGACUAUCUACUCUCUCUCUCUCUACUGCUGCUGCAAGAUCCGACUGACUCACUUCAGGACAUUUUCAUCUGAAAGGAACCAGCUGUAAAAGGAAAUGAAAGCGUGGAGAGUUGGGUUUCUGUACUUUGUGGUGUUGAACGCAGCUGUGCAGUAUGUGACGUCUCUGGAGGAAGAGCUCGAGGACUCUAUUUUUGGUAACCUCCUCGACCCUCUGAAAGACCUGUUUGACCACAAGGAUGACAGCAAUCAAACUGUCGCCAGAUUCUCCCUCCGCAAACCGUCCCAUCCCGAUGACGACCUGUGCUACAUCGUCCCCGGCCAACCGGACUCCCUGGCCGCCUGCACCUUCAACAGCACCUCCAAAACCUUCCUGGUGAUCCACGGAUGGACGCUGAGUGGGAUGUUUGAGAGCUGGGUGGCGAAGUUGGUGACAGCGCUGUACGACAGAGAGCAGACGGCCAACGUCAUCGUGGUGGACUGGCUCACCUCGGCACAGAACCACUAUGUGGUCGCGGCUCAGAACACCAAAGCGGUGGGACAAGAGAUCGCUCGCUUCAUCGACUGGAUCGAGGAAACCACCAACAUGCCUCUGGAGAACAUCCACCUGAUUGGCUACAGCCUCGGGGCUCAUGUGGCUGGAUUUGCUGGAAGUCACGCAACCAAUAAAGUUGGAAGAAUAACUGGUCUCGACCCAGCCGGUCCUGACUUUGAGGGAGAGCACGCCCACAGGCGUCUGUCCCCCGACGACGCUCACUUCGUGGACGUCCUCCACACCUUCACGCGGGGCUCUCUGGGUCUCAGCAUCGGGAUCCAGCAGCCCGUCGGCCACGUGGACAUCUACCCCAACGGAGGCAGCUUCCAGCCGGGCUGCAACCUCAGAGGGGCUCUGGAGAAGAUCGCUAAUUUAGGGUUAUUUGCUAUCACCGAUGCAGUGAAGUGCGAACACGAGCGCUCGAUCCACCUGUUCAUCGACUCCCUGCUGAACAAGCAGGAAGCAGCCAAGGCCUACAGGUGCGGCAGCAACGACAUGUUUGACCGCGGCAUGUGUCUCAGCUGCCGCAAAAGCCGCUGCAACGCGGUGGGCUACGACAUCAGUAAGGUCCGCAAGGCGCGCAACGUUCAGAUGUACACCAAGACGCGAGCCUCCAUGCCUUUCAGAGUUUACCACUAUCAGCUGAAGAUCCACUUCUCCAGUAAGGUGAAUCGUUCAGAGAUGGAGCCGUCGCUCACCGUCUCGCUGUACGGAACAAAAGGAGAGGCUGAAAACCUGGAGCUCAAACUAAAGGAGAAAAUAGCGACGAAUAAGACCCAUUCGUUCCUACUAGUAACAGAGAAGGAUAUCGGAGAUCUGCUGAUGUUGAAGUUUAAAUGGGAGGAGACGAAUGGCUGGUCAGCCUCCAACAUGUUGAAGAUGGUUUCCUCUUGGUGGGCCGGUGACUCAGACAGCGCCAACAUGGAAGUUCACAAGAUCCGCAUUCGAGCUGGGGAGACACAACAAAAGUUGGUGUUCUGUAUAAAAGACCCUGAAGCUCAGAAAUUAACGCAAGAGGUCACAUUUGUUAAAUGUAAGGACGCGUGGCGGUCGAACCCGAAGCGAACCCCAAAAAGAAUAACUCUGGAGAAUCACUGACCCCGAAGAAAAGACUCCACUGUUGAACGCCCUUCAGUCCAUUUCAGCACUUAUAAUUUAUAAACCUGUAACUUAUUUUAGUUCUCAAAUGAUACAAAACUCUCACCGCCUUGUGUAUAUCCACAAAAGUAAGUCUGUUAUUUAAAACAAUAUGUGUGUGAAUAUUGUACAAUAUUUUUGUAAAGAGCUGUUUUUAUGACACGUAACUGUAACUUCAUUGUUGCACAAAAAAAAAGUAAAUGCCGUCAUCUUUGGUGCAUGUUUUGUAUCCAAAGAAUAGUCACCUCAGAGCCUCGCAUACUGAGAGGUGUGACUGACUGGAUUUACCGUUAUAGUUCUGGAGGUACUGAUGUCCCAUUGUGUAAAAUACCUCAAGUUAAAUUUCAUGAUUAUAGCGACCACUGUGAAGAAUAACGUCCUCUUGGUCUGGAAAAGAGGGGAAAAUAACCGUUGAAAUUAUGAAUUUCUUCAGGUGUUUUAUGCAAUAGGGUGCAGUUGAUUUAUGUAUUAUGAAACUAACAUAGCAUUCACCACUGUGGCUCACAGCGCUGUAUGUGACUGUGAGACCUCUAACAGUGUGCCUUACUGUAAACUGUCUCCAGAAGUAAGCUGUGCAAAUUGUCUUAACUUAGUUGCUGUUUUUCACCCCAGUUUGCUUUAUUAUUGAUAUUCUAUGAACUUUUACUGAAACAUCUGAACAUUCAAAAAUUGUUUUAAACACUUUUUUUUUACUGCUAAACCUCACCAAGAUGUUACUUUGAAGCUGUUACCUCAAAGAAGCACCUGACAUUUUGUCUGCUAUAGUACUUAAAGUUCUAUUAGAGCUAUAUGAGGUGAGAUGCUCAGUGUGAGUUAGAGAGCACAGUUAAAGGAGCUCUAUUCAAUAUCCAGAGCAUUAAUUAACUGUUGUCUAUGUAAAGAUAUAAGAGGAGUAAUGUCUACCUGAGCAGAGAAUGAAAUCAUCCUCGCUCUGCAUGUGCUGUAAUCCAAGCAUCUCCGUGCUUUGUUGACAUAGCUGGGCCGGCCGUGCGUGCUUUUAGUGCCUUUCAGUGCAUGUGAGCGUGCACCCUCAUACGGCGGUUACAGCUGAUAACACGUACCGACCGACGGCGGCAUUGUGGAAGCAUAGCAGCCACCCUCCAGUUCCCCCCCAGGUUAACACUGACCACGUUUACAUGCACAUUAUUAGUCCACUAUUAUUCAGAAUUUGAUACGGGUCAUGUAAACACCAUAUUCCGUUUUGAUAUCCUGAAUUAGGCCUUAUUCCGAAUGGAGCAUUUUGGGAUAUGCCGAUUAGCGCUGUUAGCAUCGUAAGCUGUGAGCCGCCGGCUCAGCUGUCGCCAUGUUGAGAGUCGUGCGGAGGCAAUAGAAAUGCUUCCAAUCUCGCAUUUAGCACCUUUAAUAUCAAUGUUGUCCUGUUGUCUUUCUGCAAGUUUUCUUCUGUACGUGUGACUUUUUAAAUCUUGACUAAUGUUCUUUUAUUCAUACUUACAUUUCCAGUUGUGCGAGCAAUAAUAACUAAACCUUAUUGGCUUUUUAGAGAUCGGUACUGUAAUCAUUGUGACUUCAUCUCCACCUUCUUUAAAAAAAUUUGAAAUGUUUGACUUUGCACUGAAAAUGGGAAGCGAUUGUUAAACCUAGUUACUUGUACAGUCAUGUAAAUACAAUAAUACAGAUGGAUUUUGUAGUAUGGAGCUUUGUUAGUUAUAUAUUUUUACCUCUGGAUGACUUUAAUGUGUUCAAUGUGCAUUUCUAUAAUCUUUUGUACAUAUUUGUAAAUAUUCACUGUAUGUGUAAAUUCUUUAAUAAACCAAAACUGCCAUCUGGGAAGUCACCCUGA